AUAUGUUGAAGCUUAAAUUCAUAAGCCUUUUACAGCUACUGACCAGCCCAGCAUUAGGAUGACAAGCAUUCAAAACCUUACUCUGAAUAAGACAACUCGGCUUCAAGCACUUACACCUGGCCGAAAAGCAGCGGCGACUUUAAUUGUGCUGAUAGAUAGGGGAAUUUAUUCUCUAUUGGUGUUUCUAGGGUUUCUUACGGGAAUUUAUUCUCUCUACUAUGAAAUAUGAAUUAAGGAAGAUGAAAUUGAUAUUUAUAUUGCAGGGAAGAAGUCUCAUCUUGUUCAUAAUCAAAAUUUAAGUAUUUUUCAGCUGGAUAUUUCAAGUUCCAACUCUCAUUCAAGUCCUUCAUCCUGCAAGAAUCAACCGCGCUGGGCCUUUACUCUUUUCAGUUUCAGAGACAAGAGUAGAAGAGAUGCUAAUAGUGGAUUCUAUGAUCCAAACGCUGACGGAACAAGUGUUCAAAGCUCUUGUGAACCAAGCUCAAUUUUCGCUUGAGUUUAGCGGCCAGUUUAAGCAGAUGAAGACAGGGCUUGAUCUUGCCAGGGCUUUACUUGCAGACACAGAGAAUCUCAAUCACAAGAACGAAACUGUCAGGGCAGGCUUGUCAAAUUUGAAGGAAGUGAUUUAUAAAGCUGAUGAUGUACUCACAGAUUGCUUGGUCAGAGAUGAAUAUAGGAAAGAUGCAUCCUGGGCCGUUAACUUGCUUCACGAUCCAUUCUUCUAUCAUCGUACGGGCAAGAAGCUGAGAGACAUUAAUCGGCAUAUGAAGGAGAUAGAGAAGACAUUGGGCAGGUUUUUGAAGGCUCCAGAUAGCAUCCAUGCAGAUGAUUCAUACCAAGUUAGGGGAAUUAUGUCACAGGACUGGAACCCAACUGACACCAUUGGAUUGGAUGAAGAUGUCGAAAAGAUAAAGGGUUGGAUGUUUGACACCACCAAACCGCUUCACCGCAUAGGCAUUGUGGGAAUGGGGGGCUUAGGCAAAACUACCAUUUCCCAGAAAAUCUUUCAUGAUGUGAAAGUAUUAGCCCACUUUGACAAGAUGAUCUGGGUGUGUGUUUCGCAGUCUUUCAGCGCCGAGCGGAUCAUGAGGAGCAUCCUGGAAAGGUUAGAAGAAAAUGUCUCUGGUUUUGGUCUUACUCAGAUUUUGAGGAAAAUUCAGGGAGGACUUAAAGGGAAGAGAUGCCUCAUUGUUAUGGAUGAUGUGUGGAGUCACACAGAGGUGGACUGGUGGACUAACCUGUGUUCUGUUUUACCAGAACAAAACAGCUGCAUCAUAAUUACAACUAGAAAUGAAGAUGUCGCAAUUAGUAUGGGAGUUGAGAGCUUGCGAAUUCACCGUCCCAAUACUCUUAACGAUGAUGAAAGCUGGUCUUUGUUCUCCAAGUUUGCAUUUUCUUCAAGCAGGGGAAUAUGCCCGGAUGACCAGUUUGAAAAUCUUGGAAAGGAACUCUUGAAGAAAUGCGGCGGACUGCCACUAGCAAUCAAGACCAUAGGAUCCUUAUUGGCAUCAAAGAUCAACUCCCCUUCCCAGUGGAGAGACAUUCUUGAAAGUUUUCAUGCCUUAACAACAGAGGGAAAAGCUAGUUCAGUUAUGGCUUCUUUGCGGUUGAGCUAUGAUGAACUCCCGCCUUUUCUGAAACAAUGCAUGUUGUGUUUCUCCAUCUACCGUGAAGACGCUGAGAUAAGUGCCGAUCAGUUAAUUCACUGGUGGGUGGGAGAGGGCCUGGUUCAGGGCAAAGGCUCAAAAACAGCAGUAGAAGUGGGAUAUGAAUAUCUUGCAGAACUUAUCAGCAGAUGCCUGGUUGAAAUCGUGCAGCAGCGAGGCUUUGAUGGGAGAGUCUAUAAGUGCAAGAUACAUGAUAUGGUGAGAGAAAUGAUAAUCAUGAUUGCGGAGGAGGAGGAGUUUUGCAGUUUCAACGAACAAAGCAGGCAGAAGUUGACAGCAAAUUCUCGGUGGUUAAGUUUUAUUGAUGAAAUGGAUGAAAAAUCGUUGAAAUAUAGUUCAAAGCUCAGGGCAAUGUUACUGAUGUCAAGCCGCCGAUUUGAGUUUGACAGGAUUUCGGGGUUUCUGCGAUCCCUGAGAAUGUUGGAUUUAUCAAACUGCACAGUGGAUGAGACUUGUGUAAAGGAUCUCUUCAACUGGAUCAGUUCCCUUAAGCGCCUAGCAUCUUUGAACUUGAGUGGUAUCCAAGCCCUAAAAGAAGUGCCAUCCUCAAUUCAUAAACUCCUCAACCUCCAACUGUUGAUUUUAAAUGGGUGCAGCCAUCUAGAAAAGAUACACCCAUCAAUCGCUAAUUUGAAGAAGCUGAUUAUCUUGGACCUUGUGGGGUGUCCCAUCCAGUACUUGCCUCAGGGAUUAGGAAGGCUGUCUUAUCUUCAAGAACUCUCCGGAUUCAAGGUUGUGAAUCAGCAUAGAAAGCAAUGUUUCCAGCUUCUUGAGAUUAAGGACCUGAUCCACCUAAGAGUACUGCGAAUGCAUAUAAGUGAUGUCGCCGAAAUCACAGACAAUGAACUUGAUGUCUUAUCUCAGCUUAAAAUGCUCAAGGUUCUAGCUAUCGAUGCAGAAGAUUGUAGAGAGAAAGAUGUUUUCGAAAUGCUAGAUAAGCUGACCCCUCCUCCAAGCCUCCAAGAGCUGUAUCUGAGGUAUUACCGACGAGAAACUCUCCCCAGCUGGGUCAAUCCCAAACAGCUUUCUAGAUUGAAGUAUCUUUGUAUUGAGAAUAGUGACCUUGUCAAUCUAAGCAGUGGUCACCCCGCUUGGAAAGUCGAAGGUCUGUGUUUGAAGUACUUGAUGAAGCUAGACUUACAGUGGAAGGACUUGGAGAAGGAUAUGCCUGCACUACGCUACAUGGAGAUUAGCCAUUGCUACAAGCUGAAAGAUUUCCCGUGCUCUGUUAUUGAAUCCGGGAUCUGGAGAAAGAAUCAAGAUUAAGGUGUCAGAUUGCUGAGAAUUGACAAAUCACCUGCUAUUUGGAGGUAUUGCUUAAAUUUGAUCACUGGUGACUUGAAGAUAAUUCUGGCUUCAUACUGGACUAUUGCAGCAGUACAAACUGAUGCAUCAUUAUUGGAGAAAAAAUCAAGAAACCAGGACUGUUGUUUAACAUACUUCUGGUUUCUUGCUGUAGCAAUAACCAUAUAAUUCUUGUUGGAGUGUAGCGUUUUCUGUUAUUGUUUUAGUUGAGAGGAAGAGUGCAGAGUGCAGUAUUUUUAAAUUACAAGGUAUGUGCUUUCUAUUUACUUGGUCAUGUCCUGCAAGGAUGAUGAAUUUGUAUGUUAUUCAAAAUGGCGUGCAUUCCAUCUUGAACGCAUCUGUAAUACGAGUUUUUCAUUCGAUUCAUAACACAAGAUUGUAAAUUGCACUGUUGUACUAAUAAGGAUUCUAUGCU